GCUAUAAAGACAAUUCCCCACCACUAACGCCAACCGUUGCUCUCAAACCCCUUUUUUUUUUUCUCUCUGUUUUCCUUUUCCUUUUCUGAACAGGCUGACUAAGGAGGGAUCGCCGGAGUGGUAUCGGCGGCUUUCUGCUUCUCUUUUCUUCUACCUCGAGGCUUCAAUUGAUAGAGGGAAAUUUCAUUGCAACAAGUCUCCAGUUGGUAUAUUGACUGUGCCUCUGGUAGAAAGUUCGUCAUGGUUGCCACUGCAGCUACUUCUGCCUUUUUUCCUGCUAUUUCUGCAUCCUCGGACUCUGGAGCAAAGUCAAGUAAGUUCGGUAGUGGAUCUGUCAAUCCUGGAGGAAGCAAGCCAAAAUCUUCUUCCCGUGGUUUGCAAGUUAAGACAAAUGCCCAAGCUCCUCCAAAGAUAAAUGGUACUUCCGUUGGAUUGGAGGGUGUCAAGCUUGACAAUGACUUGACGAUAUCACCUCCCCCGAGAACUUUCAUUAAUCUACUACCUGACUGGAGUAUGCUUCUUGCUGCUAUCACUACCAUCUUUCUGGCUGCCGAGAAGCAAUGGAUGAUGCUUGACUGGAAACCUAGGCGGCCUGACAUACUUAUUGAUCCAUUUGGUUUGGGAAGAAUUGUUCAGGAUGGCCUUGUGUAUCGGCAGAAUUUUUCAAUUAGAUCAUAUGAAAUUGGUGCAGAUCGGACUGCAUCUAUCGAAACAUUAAUGAAUCAUUUUCAGGAAACUGCACUUAAUCAUGUAAAAACUGCUGGACUACUAGGUGAUGGAUUUGGCUCAACACCAGAAAUGUGUAAAAAAAACUUGAUAUGGGUAGUUGCAAAGAUGCAGAUUAUGGUAGAUAGAUACCCUACUUGGGGUGAUGUUGUUCAAGUAGACACAUGGGUCUGUACAUCUGGGAAGAAUGGCAUGCGACGUGAUUGGCUUGUUCGUGAUUGUAAAACUGGUGAAACUCUUACUAGGGCCUCAAGUGUUUGUGUGAUGAUGAAUAAGCAGACAAGAAAAUUAUCAAAGAUUCCUGGUGAAGUUAGAAGCGAAAUAGAGCCUUAUUUUGCAAAUUCACCUCCCAUAGUGGAAGAAGAUGGCAGAAAGCUUCAAAAACUUGGUGAUGAUAGUGCUGAUCAUAUUCGUACAGGUUUGACGCCUAGAUGGAGUGAUUUGGAUAUCAAUCAGCAUGUUAACAACGUGAAGUACAUUGGCUGGAUACUCGAGAGUGCACCCGUGCCAAUCCUUGAGAGUCAUGAACUCUGUACCAUAACUUUAGAAUACAGGAGAGAAUGUGGAAGGGACAGUGUGCUGCAAUCUCUUACUGCAGUAUCUGGUGCUGGUAUCAGCAAUUUGGCUGAUGCUGGCGACAUUGAGUGCCAGCACCUCCUGCGACUUGAAAAUGGAGCUGAGAUUGUUAAAGGAAGGACAGAGUGGAGGCCCAAGCAUGCAGCAAACUUCGGGAUGGUGGGUCAGAUUCCAGCCGAAAAUACUUGAAAAAAAAGAAGAAAACAAUGUCAAUUCAAGAAUCUACCUCGCUGGAGUCCCUGAUUUGCCCACCUUGUGCAUUCGUUUCAUGUGUUGUAGAGUCCUGUUUUUCUCGGAUUUGAAACAUCCCCGUAUAACUUAUAUGAUAUAUAUAUUUGUAUAUUUUUGUUCAGCCAAUUCCCUAAGCUAUAUGUUUUCCUUGGGAAGAAGAUAACAAAACAAACAGCAUGCAAUCCCAUUGUAAUUAGUCAUUCUUUCAUUGUCCCAACAGAAAGGUAAUAUAGAUAACACCUCUCUAAUGUUUUGGUCUUAGGUA